AUGCCUAUGCCACUAUUUGGCUGUACUGGCCUCGUAUUUGGCACUUGUUCUCCAAUUGUACUGUUAAUGGCUGGAAUGGUUCAAGAAGAGGGGUCGUCAUCUGUGAGUUCAUCGCCCCUUCAAGUCUUAUCCAUGAUGUCUCUAUCACCUGGUUUAGGAUCUCCACAUCCAUGGAUCAAGGAGAUGAAAUCCGAGCAGCGAGGUUUCUGCCUAAUUAAUCUUCUUGCGGCCUGUGCUGACCAUGUUGCUAACGGUAAUGUUGAGAAUGCCAAUAUAUGCCUUGAGCAUAUUUCCCAUCUUGUCUCUCCCGACGGUGAUUCCAUGCAGAGAAUUGCUGCGUACUUCACUGAGGCACUUGCUGACCGGAUGCUUAAAGGCUGGCCCGGUUUGCAUAGGGCCUUGAAUUCCACCAAAGGGUCAUCUGUUUCCGACGAAAUUAUGGUUCAGAAAAUUUUCUUUAAACUCUUUCCCUUCUUAAAGCUAGCGUAUGUGAUCACGAACCUGGCUAUUUUAGAAGCUAUGGAAGGGGAGAAGGUGGUUCAUAUUGUUGAUCUCAAUUCUUUUGAGCCUGCCCAGUGGAUUGAUCUUCUUCAGUCAUUAAGUGCCCGGCCUGAAGGCCCACCUCAUUUAAAAAUUACUGGUAUUCAUGAACAUAAAGAAGUAUUGGAGCAAAUGAAUCAUCAAUUAAGUGAAGAAGCUGCCAAAUUGGGCAUCGGAUUUCAAUUUAAUCCUAUAGUGACCAGACUAGAGAAUCUUGACUUUGAAAGUUUGGGUGUUAAGAAAGGAGAAGCUCUGGCAAUCAGCUCUGUACUUGAAUUACAUUCUCUCUUGGCGUUUGAUGAUGAGAUGCUCCGUGGAUACUCCCCCUCAGCAUCCAAGAUUUCAAAUUCAGUUCACUUUCACAGAAUUCUGCAAAUGAAUCCACGUACUUUAGGAGAUUUUCUUCAGAAAGACGUGUCUAAUACAUAUAGCCCAAGUCCUGAUUCAACAACAUCCUCCCCGCUAUCUUUGGCUGCUUCACCAAGGAUGAAGUCACCAAAGAUGACAAGUUUUCUAAAUGCCCUUUGGGGUCUUUCGCCAAAGCUAAUGGUGGUAACUGAGCAAGAAUCAAACCAUAAUGGGAUUAGUGUGAUGGAGAGAAUUAGUAAAGCAUUGAAAUUUUAUGCUGCACUGUUUGAUUGCUUGGAGUCUACUUUACCAAGGGCAUCAAUCGAACGCCAAAAAAUUGAGAAGAUGCUUUUUGGAGAGGAAAUAAAGAAUAUCGUCGCAUGUGAGGGACCUGAAAGAACGGAGAGGCAUGAGAAGCUUGAGAAGUGGAUUCCGAGGUUUGAGUUGGCUGGAUUCGGGAGGAUUCCUUUUAGCUACCAUUGUCUGUUACAGGCGACGAGGUUGUUGCAGAGCCAUGGCUAUGAUGGAUAUAAGAUCAAAGAAGAGAGCGGUUGUUUAGUCAUUUGCUGGCAUGAUCAACCCCUUUUUUCGGUUUCAGCCUGGAGGUUUAGAAGAUAUAAUUGA